AUGUCGUCCGACAACCUGCCUGUCAAAAAGGUCCCCCUCUGCCCACCCUCGCUUUCCGCAUUGGCAGAGAGCAUCUCUGUCGGCCUCUCCUCGAACUUUACGCACUCAUCAUGCACUGUUUCCACUCCUCCAGACCUCAGUCUCCCUCCAUAUCACCUUGCUUCUCCAGGCCUCACCGGCUCUCCUCGGGUUGUCGAUGUCGGGGGUCCACCAAACCUUAGUCCCGCGCCGGACUUGACGAAGAAAUAUGACCUGCUCUCUAUCGCCCAACAAGCUGAAAUGUCCACAGCGACCGGCUUCAUGCUGGGUGCCGGAGCUGGUCCGUUCCACGUCGUGGGACAGAAUUCCGAGCUGAUGCCCAAUCUGGCGUACGGUGCCGCAGCGGGCGGGAAAAGCCUGCACGAUGUGAGGAAUCGGACACACUACGCGAAAAUCAAGCCGGAUGAUUCAGUAUGCUGUGCUCGCAUUCCGGAUAGUUCCACGGCAUUUGCGCUUAUGUGCAACCUAUUUUGCUCCGACGGAUCACCUGGACCCUGCCUGCACGUCACCGGCAAAGCUCGAAACGGUCCGCUGAAUUUCACGCAGGCAAUGCAAGACGCCUUGAAGGCUUCUUUUGGAAAUCGUCUGAUUUCCAUCGGAGGAGUGUUUCUGAUCAAAAAGGGGGCGGCAAAAUUGCAUGUUAUGCCGGACUUUCCCUCGGAGCCGUUCAAGUCAAGAGACGAUGUGGACAAGUGGCUGCGGUAUUUUGACAUGGGCUUUACCGAUAAUGAGCAUGGGCCGCUGGUUUGUCUGACCGUCUUCCACUCGGGAGAUGAUGGUGGCCUUGCGUUGAGAAUGGAGCAUACUCAUUGCUUCACUGUGAAUGGCAACAGCGAUGCCACCGUCAACGGGACGACGGAAACAACAAAGGGCGGGCAUUACCACUAUGAUCUGGACGACACGAAAGAAGAGAUCGAAUAUGAGGGCUGGUUCAAUGUCGCCGAGUACUUGUACCGGCUAGAUCAGCCUGGCGUGCGAAGUGGCUGA